AUGAUCGCCUUGCGGAUGAUGACUUUAGCGGUGGUCGGAGCGCUGUUGAUGACUCAGGCUGAUGCCCGCAGUCGUUUUCUCCUCAUGCCUCUCUCCGAGAGGCAAGACAGCCUCGAAGAACGUGAUAUCUAUCCCUCGGAAUGCCAAGGAUCUUUCAACCUGGCUGCCUUGAGAGCGGUGAAUGAUCUGUGUCAUCAGUGCGGAAACGUAACUCGGGAUCCCAAUACCGAAGUCAAUUGCAAGACGAGCUGCUUCAACAACACUAUCUUCGCCGGUUGUCUCGGGUUGCUGGAACUGCCAGAAAGUGAGCAAGCUACGUACAGAGACCAUGUGGCGUUACUGGGUAAGUAG